AUGACGGAUUUGAUGGGGAGAUUUCGACAUAUAUCGAAGGAGCGGAGGAGAAGGUAUCCUCCCAACAUCAUAAGGAACCAGAAGUACAAGUGGUAUACAUUUAUCUUUGCGGUGCUGAGGCUGCAGUUCAGCCACUUCUUCAACACCUUUCUGUUUCUUGUGUGCAUGACGCAACUGAAAAAGGAGUAUCUUGUGUCGUCUCUUGUGGCUUCUGUUGGGCCCUGGGCAAUGGUCCUGCUAUUUUCUCUUUUUAAGGAGGGAGUUGAGGACUACAAGAGGUACGAGAGGGACAAGAUUACAAACAGUCAGCUGUACACAAAGCUCACCAGCCAGGGAUUUGUGCGGGUGCCCAGCUCGAGGAUAGAGGUUGGGGAUCUCGUUCUGCUGGAAAAGAACGAGAGGGUUCCUGCAGACAUGGCUCUUCUCAAGACCUCUGAUGUGUCUGGACAUGUGUUUGUAAGGACAGACCAGCUGGACGGGGAGACUGAUUGGAAGCUGAAGCUGACCAUUCCUCGAAUGCAGUCUGCAACGUUUGACGAGCUCCGGAAGCUGAGCAUCCUCGCAGAGCAGCCAAGCAAGGACAUAUAUUCGUUUACUGGAAAGAUCAAGAUAGGAAAGUUUUCUCUGGACGAGCUGUCGGAGAUUGAGGAGGAAGGGAACGAGGAUGAGGGGAUUGGCAGGCGAAUCGAGAGGCUUCUGGAGUUUGACUUUGGACGAGAGGAGGGGAGCGUUGGUGCAUCUGAGGGACCCAAAGAUGUUUCAUGGGUCUACUCCUCGUCCAGCCAGAGCACCGGAGAAAGCGGGUCCCUGGACGAAGACCUGGGCUUUGUGUCGGAUGGCAGGGACUCUGCUGCAGCAGGAUCCAGCGAAGGCCUUGAGGUGGGUAACGAGAGCAAUGUGGGCAGAGAGACUGAGGAAGCAGAUGUCUCCCUAAAGGACGAGGAGAAACCCGUGGCCGAGGCGCUUGGAUGCGAGAAUAUGCUGUGGAUGAACACGGUUGUGGCGACAUGCUCCAUCCUCGGAUGUGUGGUUUACACGGGAAAAGAUGCAAAGGCAAUGCUGAACACUUCUCGGCCAAGGAACAAGAUAGGGAAGAUUGAGCUUGAGCUGAACGGAUACAUGAAGGUUCUGGGGGCAGGGUGUAUGGUGCUUGCAGGGAUAUUUACAUAUAUGCGGGGGGUUGGGUCGAGGCCCGACAUUAUAUUUAUCCGGUUUCUUGUUCUGUUUUCGUCUGUGAUUCCGAUUUCGCUGAGAAUCACUGUUGACUGGGCAAGAUACUGCUAUGGAAAGUAUAUAUCCGAAGACGAAAGGAUAGAGGGUGCAAUGAUGCGGUCGAACAACCUACCCGAGGAGCUUGGAAGGGUGUCGUACUUCCUUACGGACAAGACGGGGACGCUGACCAAGAACGAGAUGGAGAUGAAGAAGAUACAUCUCGGGACGAUCUGCUAUACAAAGGAGCUGAACAGGGAGAUCAGCAAGAACCUUGCGAAGGUUCUGAACGGCAGGAACGACGGAAAGGGUGUGUUUUUCCGGGGAAAGAAGGACAUCAAUGCAAGGGUGUACGAUCUGGUGCAGGCCCUCAGUGUCUGCCACAAUGUCACUCCUGUUAUCUCUGAGAACGAGGUGAGCUACCAGGCGUCAAGCCCCGACGAGGUUGCGAUUGUCCAGUGGACGGAGUGUGUUGGGAUGAAGCUGUACAAGAGGGACCGCUCGAUGAUAGUAAUAAGAGAUCCCCUGAACGACGAGCAGGAGUACCAGAUACUCUACACCUUUCCGUUUACCAGUGAAACGAAGAGGAUGGGAAUUAUAGUGAGAUACAACGAGGAGGUCAUAUUUUUCCUGAAAGGGGCUGAUGUGGUUAUGAGAGGGAUAGUGAAGGUCAACGACUGGGUUGAGGAGGAAGCAGACAACAUGGCCCGGGAUGGGCUGAGAACGCUUGUCAUAGCAAAGAAGGUCCUUAGCGGAAAGGAAUUCGAGCUUUUUGAAGAGAUGUACAACAAGGCAUGGAUGAGCCUGGUUGAUCGUGCCGAGGCCAUGAGCAAGGCAAUGGAGAUUAUUGAGAAGGACAUGAAUGUCCUUGGCCUGACGGGUGUUGAAGACAAGCUCCAGGACGAUGUCAAGGUUACGCUUGAGAACCUGAGAAAUGCAGAAAUGAAGAUUUGGAUGCUUACGGGCGACAAGAUAGAGACGGCCAUUUCGAUUGCAAGAUCGUCCAGAAUCUUCCACAGAGGUACUGUGUAUCUUGUGAUCAGCGACGCAAGCUCUGUCGGAGAUGUCAAGGCAAAGCUUGAUCUUCUGCGUGGGUCUGGAUACAACUCACUGGUGAUUGACGGACAGAGCCUAUCAUUUGUAAUCGAAAGCUGCAUGGAUGAGUUUAUCGAGGUGGCCUCAGAGCUAGAGGCGGUUAUAGGGUGCAGAUACACACCCACCCAGAAGGCGGCUGUUGCGAGAGAGCUGAAGAACAAGACAAGAAAGUGUGUAUGCUGCAUCGGAGAUGGAGGGAACGACGUCUCAAUGAUAACGGAGGCAAAUGUAGGAAUAGGAAUAGUUGGGAAGGAAGGGAACCAGGCGUCUCUGGCUGCAGAUUUCAGCAUCAACAAGUUCUGCCAUGUGUCUGAUCUUCUCUUCUGGCAUGGGAGGAACUCGUACCAGAGAACGGCAAAGGUGGCACACCUGAUAAUCCACAGAGGGCUUACCCUUACAGUGAUCCAGGCGAUCUUCUGCUCUCUCAUCUACUUUGUGCCUGUGGGCCUGUUCAGGGGAGAGCUCCUCAUGCUGUUUAUAACUGUCUAUACCUUCCUCCCGAUAUUCUCGAUCAUCUGCUCGAGCGACAUAAGCCGAAGCGUUGUUGUCAAGUUUCCCGAGCUCUAUAAGGAGCUUACUGAGAACAAGCUUCUGUCGUACAGGCACUUUUCUGUCUGGACCUUGAUAGCAUUCUACCAGGGAACAAUCAUGAUGAUAACAUUCUACCUGCUGAAGCAGGAGUUCUUUAUAAUCUCUACCCUGACAUUCACAAGCCUGGUACUCAACGAGCUUCUGAUGGUGAUACUGACAACCACGAGAAUGACACCAAUGGUGUUCAUCUCCUCUGGCAUGUCCCUUGCCAUCUACAUUGUCUACUUUGCCCUCAGGAGGGGACUCCUGAGAUACCAGAGGCCCUUCUACCUCUUUCUGCUGAAGAUAACGGUUGUAAACACCCUUGCAAUACUAGUCAGCGUGUUCCAGAAGCUUUGGACCAAGUACAUGAGCCCCCCAACCUAUUCGAAGCUAGAGGUUCUGGUUUAG